UCUCACAUUGAAUAACAUUCUUAUACAGUGCUAGAAUCAAUUUCCUUUUCAUCUUAGAGAAUAUGAAAACAUUACUUCAGGGACAAGUUAUUGGAAUUCCAGUAAGCUCUACAGCUUAUCCACAUAAUAAGAGGUCUUCAAGGGUACUCCUAACUGAUACUACCACACAAUUCCACACAGAUCACCAAAUUUCUGAAGAUGGAUCCUCAGCUCUGAAAAGAAGUAGAGUAGAUUUGGUGCGGAAUAGAAUAAACAAGCUUGGGAAGAAAGCUCACAGCUUUGCACAUGGAAUCAAAGAGCAUGUGAGACUGGGACCUAAGAUCACUGAAACUGUGAAAGGGAAGCUGAGCUUGGGAGCUCGGAUUCUACAAGUUGGUGGAUUGGAGAAAAUAUUUAAACAAAUUUUUGGUGCCACAGAAGAGGAGAAACUAUUAAAAGCUUCUCAAUGCUAUUUGUCAACCACAGCUGGUCCUAUGGCCGGCCUUCUCUUCAUCUCCCCGGAGAAGAUAGCCUUUCGCAGCCAAAAAACGAUCAAGUUUUCUUCCCCAAAGGGAGAAAUAAUUAGAGCCAGUUAUAAGGUUGUGAUCCCAUUAAGCAAGAUAAAGAGAGUUAACCAAAGUGUGAAUGUAAAGAAACCAUCGGAGAAGUACAUAGAAAUUGUUACUGUUGAUAACUUUGACUUCUGGUUUAUGGGCUUCUUGAACUACAACGAAAGUUACAAGUAUCUUAAACAGGCAGUUUCUCAAGCUUAGAGAAAGUAUCUUGUAUUGUGUUUGUAAAUGGAUUAAGCUGGUAAGAGCUCAU